GCAAGAACUGCUAAUAGUGGAAUUAGCCUCAAAAUGAUGAGAGAUCGGCACUGAAAAAGCGAGGAGUUAGAAAAACAUCGAGAUGACUCAGGAGACAAACCAGACCCCAGGGCCUAUGCUGUGUACUACAGGAUGUGGAUUUUAUGGAAAUCCUAGGACAAAUGGAAUGUGUUCUGUUUGCUACAAAGAACAUCUUCAGCGACAGCAGAAUAGUGGUAGAAUCAGCCCAAUGGGAACAAGCAGUGGUUCAAACAGUCCUACCUCAGACUCUGCAUCUGUACAGAGAGCAGACACUAGCUUAAACAACUGUGAAGGUGCUGCUGGCAGCACAUCUGAAAAAACAAGAAACGUGCCUGUUGCCGCUUUGCCUGUAACACAGCAAAUGACAGAAAUGAGCAUUUCAAGAGAGGAAGAAUUAACACCCAAAACAGAGACGGAGCCAGUUGUUACUCAACCAAGCCCAUCAGUUGCCCAGCCUAGUACUUCAGAGAGCGAAGAGAGAGCUGCUGAACUGCCGAAACCAAAGAAGAACAGAUGUUUCAUGUGCAGGAAGAAGGUUGGCCUUACAGGAUUUGACUGCCGAUGUGGAAACUUAUUUUGUGGACUUCACCGUUAUUCUGACAAGCAUAACUGCCCAUAUGACUACAAAGCAGAAGCUGCAGCAAAAAUCAGAAAAGAAAAUCCAGUUGUCGUGGCUGAAAAAAUUCAGAGAAUAUAAAUUAACCUGCUUGUGAAAAGACUGACUGACUUUUUGUGGGGCUUUUUUUUUUCAAUACAUCCUAAAAAACAUGAAAGAGCAGGUGCAUGGCCAUUUUCCUUUGUUCUUCAAAAUUUUACUUCUAGUCCUGUCUGUCUAAAUGAUAUUUCGAAAUGUUUGGGUGUUUGUUACAGGCAGAAUUGGAUAGAUACAGCCCUUGAAAAUAUACAUGCCCUUCCCAGAAUAUAGUUGGAUGAUCAGAAAGCUGCACAGGAAUACAUAUGCACAGAGGACAGACUCUAGUUCACGCGUGCCAAACAGAUGUGUACUGUCUGCAUGUAUGCAGCAGAUCUGCCUUUUGAGAUGUGCUUGAGGUAUUUAAUGUUUGGCUAAUGUUACUGGCCUGUUUUGGAGAAGGAUACAUCAAAACGGUGGCAGUCUACUUCCAUCAUUUAAAAUCUCAUUCUAAUUUUAGUUUCCACACUCCAUUUUAGUUUUCCAGCAGAAUGUGAGCUGUAUAGAAGGGUCCCCCAUCCCAGAAAGAUGAGUGUUGGUGCCAUAUUUAAGUCACUUAACAAUUGCACUGAGAAAAAUGGAAAAAAUCAGAUACAUAGAAGAAGAAAAUUGUUUUGGAAAAGAUUACAUUGACUUUAAAAUCUUGAAAAGAUGUUCCCAAAUGAAAUGUCCUGUUAAGAGCUUAUGAACUAGCCUGCAACAGAGUUGUCUGCUUUUCCUUGCAUAGCUAAAAAUGUGUAGCACAGUAUUGUAAGAUUGGCUUACAGAAUAAGGUUACAUACGUUUCUAGACAUACCACAGCAGCUCUAUCAAGCAACACGGGUCUAAAUAAGUUGCUGAAGUAUUAGAGCAGUUUAUUAUUCAUAUACUACUUAUGUUCUGUGUGUUCCGAGUUCAAAAGAAUAUUAGGAGUUAAUUUUUCUAGUUUUAAAUGUAUUAACAGUUGCACCAUUCUGCAUGGAAAACCAUACCCAACAUGGCUGCUGUAGUGGUAGCUGGAACCACUCCUGGAGGGCUGCUUUAUCAUUUUUAAUUGUACUUGGGUAUAGGACUGUAGUGUUCUUGGGUGUAUUGCAUGGGCUGCAUUAUCUAUGGCAUUGUACAAUAACAACUCUAGAAAAGGCAGUAUUCUUCACUGAUGCUUGUCUGGUAAUAUAUAUCACUUCUGUGUUAUAAUGGAAGGGGGUUUUGUGAUGUAUGAAACUUGUGUUUUUAUAUAAACAAAUACGGUUUUAGACUAGUGUUGUGGUAAUGCCUGUUCGCAUUUGUAAAUAGUUACGUAUGUACACAAGGCGCUACUCCUGACCUUCUGAUUUUUAUUGCCAGUGUUCAGUCUUAGUUUUUACUUCACUAUUAAAAGUGUCAGGUUUUUGCUUCUAACUUUGUUCUUCUGAGUUAUUAGAUAUGCAAACAUGUACAGAUAGUUCUUAUUUAUGUAUUGCACAUAAGCUACCCAGCAUCUAUGCUAUAUUGUAUUAUGUAAAUAAUAAAAAUAAUGUACAGAAGGAAAUACUUCCUUUUGUGAUAGUUCAUUGGUUUUAAUUAUUGCUGUAGGGAGGAUAUGACCUUGUAGAAGUUGAGGUGCAGAGUUUAUACUGAGUUCUUACAGAUGUUGUCUUUAUGCUUUAGCCUGCCUACGUCCUUAUUUCUUAUUUGGAUUUACCAACUUCUUUUGAGACAACUUUCACGAGCAACUGGAGUACAGGUAACUACUUGAUGGCCUGACAAAAAUGCCGACGAACAACAGUGUGCUUAAAGGGAGCAAAGGACAGUACUAGCAAUGAACUUCAAACUUAUUUCCAGUGGAUCUGUUAUGAUAGAGCCAGUACGCUGACUACAUCAUUCUGUCCACAUCUCACCAGCAGACCUGGGCAGAGUUACUGUCAGUGUCAGCAGCCAAAUACAGAUGGUAAAUAUGCCCAAUUUAUCCUUCCCAAUGGGGAAGAAAAAGGACACAGUACGCAGCAUGUGUUGCCAUGGAGGAAGACAUCUUCGCUACUGGAUGUUGCACAAAAAUUGCUUUGUAUCAGAAAUGGAUAAUGUGUAUGCCACCAGUCAGCUGAUAGUCAACAUAAGUUAAUACUCCAGCCACUGUGUAUACGUCCAAUAAGGAAACACAGGCAUGCUCUGGGACUUCAUUUUCCUGGAUGAAUUUUAGGAUGUCAUCAUGGAACUGCUUUAAAGCACUAAAGUUAUUUUUCUACCUUUUGUAUUAAAGCAAUAUCAGCAACUCCACUACAACAUAGAAUGUUUUUCUCUUUUUUAUCCUUUUUUAUCCUUCCCUUCUGAACUUGAGAAUGCCCUGUAACUGGAUAUUUGAGGAGACCUGUCUGAUUUUGAUACUGUCUUGGCUAGAGUGGUUUAGGACAGGUAAUAGUACUGAUACUGUUAGGUAAUGAUGAUGAUGGUCUCAGUCUCAUGGUCUGCAUUCUUCUGUACAAAUCUGUACUUGUGAACUCUUGUUUAAAUAUUUAAUCUUGGUACAUCUGUACAGGAAAGUAUGAAAUGAAAAAUCCCUCUUUUUCUUCUAAAAUUGUGAAUGGUAUCAUGUAAAUUACACUUAAGAGGGGUAUGAACCUGUUUUCAAAACUAAGUCUGCAAGCUCCCUGGACCUUUGUUCUUUUGAUAGUGUAUAUAGUGUGUAUAAUCAUUCAGGAACUCUAAUUCUGUUGAUGCUCACAGAACAAAGGAGGGGAAGAUUGUUUAACAAGAGCAGAUGUUGACAAAGUGUGUGGAAUGGGGCAGGGGGGAAUGUUUAAACUUACGUGGUACAUCUUCCAAGAGAGAAACAUAAUCACAUAUUACUGAUCUCAUUUAACAUUUGGCUGUUAGACUGAGAUCUUCUUAACUCAUACAUAAACACACUGUUUUGGGAAGAGUCUUCCUCUAUUCCAAACAACUUUACCAGAUGACCAGGACUUUUUUAUGUAAAAACAAAUGAAUAAGUGAAAACAGGUGAUGAAAAAUGAAUAAUCUUCAAUCUGAAAUAGUUGCCUCACUGUGUUAUGGCUGUGCAAUACUGUGUUCCACAGUAUUCUGAACAACUGUUACUGUUGACCUCAAAUUUGGAAUCUAAAGAUGACCUUGUGGUGGUUCCAACCUGUUGCUGCAGAGCUCAUGAGCUCCCAGAUGACGUGGUUGAUUGUGAUGCUUAAGGAUGCCAUGGGGUCAAGAAGCCCUGGCUACCUUCAUGGUACUUAACCCUUUGGAACCAUGCUUCUGAUCAUUGUUUACUCUGUUUUGGAAGGUAAUUGUUCACGGGUGUAAGGGAGUGUCUUAGAUGCUUGUAUGUCAUGUCUAUCAGUCACUGAAAGGGUACUUCAAGGAUUUUGACUCAUGUCUGGUGUCUGUAAUGAGUCAAAACACAUGUCAGUUUCUGGGUGUUCCUAAGCUGUUCUACAAUAUCAUCCGAUGUGUAUGCUUGAAGGAGGAAAUGUACAGCAAAAAGCAAAUUAGAUUGUUUUAGGUACCUGGGUGUGUUAAGCAGCUAUGAUUCAGUCACAGAAGGAAAUUUGUUUUCUGUAUAGAUGUGUGCUUUUUAUGUGUGUUUCAUUAGUUUCUCAGCCAGCCAGAAAUAACAGUUUCUCACAAAUGACCUAUUACUGACUCCCUCAAUCAUUUUUUGUUAUUAAACACCUAGGAUAUUUGCUGGAUUGUACUCUGAUUUGGGAGGGUUCUGGUGGUACAUGUGAAAGUACUUGGAUGACAUUGAAAUUAAUAAAUUACAAACCUGAACAGUUAAAAAA